AAACUAUUUUUGCAGCCCUGAGAGUUUUGAUUUUGUGGUUUUGUUUUUGUUGGUAGUUUUUAAAAAAAUUUUCUGCUCUCCGCGUCAAGUCGUGUGCGCUGCGUGUUCGAAGCGGCCAAAUGAAGCUCGGCUUGCGCAAAAAGCCAAAGCUAACUCGAGAAACUGUGCAGACGCCGUGAAGAAAAUUAAAAGAACCGAAGCCACGGGCAAUAUCGAAAUUACCAAACAGGCGCACGUGUGUGAGUAUAGUGCCUGUAAAAAGUGCCAGAGUGUGUGUGCUGCUGCACUUUACUGCGGAGUGUGGGCGAGAGCGAGCGGGACGGAAAGUGCAGCAGAGUGUGGUGUGGCAAGCGGGGACCAUUUCGCGCCCCAACCCUUCCAGGAAGUCACCUUUCCAUUUUGGAAUAUUCUUCGAAAAACUGUUUUCCUACGGAAGGAUUAAAGAGGUUUACAACACUGCCGGCAGGACUAAUCAGCUGUGGCAGCCGGCAAUGCACCAAGAUGAGCAGUAAGGAGCAGCAAGCAGCAGGCCGGGAUUUCAAGCGCAAUUCGAACGCCUACGCCAGUCUGCCGCCCUCGGGAUCCGGAACAGCGUCCUCCGGAGCGAGAUUGGGAACAACAGGAACGGGAACGGGAACAGGUGGAAAGGCUCGCAGCAGGCAGCAAAAUUUGGAUCAGGAGCAGUUUGGACUCUCAAACAGCCUCUCCAGCGAAUCGAUUCGUAAAGCCUGCGCCUACUACGACGACGAGUUGAGCGACGAGGACCUCAUCGAGAUCCAACAGACGCCCCAGUCCUUUCACCAACCGGCCAAACAUCCCCUCCAACUGCAACCCAUAAGCUUUCAUUUGGGCGAUGGCCCGGGCGAAGAAAGAAGUGCCUUUUGCGGCAGCCAGGAGAUGCAACAGGUGCCGCUGAGCACGCCCAUCAAACAAGCGACUGAAACCGAUGAAGCCUUAUGUGUGCUCAGCGAACUGGAUGCCAUUCUGGAUGUCCACGAUGUUUCGCAGCUGAAUGGUACCUGCUCAAGCUCGUCCAUGAAUUCCGGCAGUGAUGAUGACAAGGUGGAGGAUUAUCUAAUGGACCUGGACAACUAUUUGGAGGAGAUGGACAAUGCCUUGAGUCGCGAAGAGUCGCUUAUCAUCAUGGGCGACCAGAACAGUUUGAAAAGGGAACCAAGGACCAGAACUUUGCCUCUUAGCCGGAAAAAGAAGUCAAACAAAAAGUCAAUCGAGGAGCAGGAGGCUGCUCAAGGAGAAUUUCAGAGAGAGCAUCACAUUAGGAAGACCUUUAGCUGCUCACUGAGGCCCACAAGCCAAACAGCUUCUACUGCUUCUUUAGAGCCCACUACGGAGCCCGCGAUGGACGUCUGGAGACGUCAAUCCAUGCGUCGAGCAAUGGAGCAGGAGGACACCAAAGUCACCGCAGAGGAAACGGAGGAAGACGACCUACCCACCUUGUUGGUAGAGCUUCCCCCAAGACGCGAGGCGGAGAUGCGUCGCUGCUUUUCCCAAGGCGACUGCCAGGAAUCAGCAGCCAACACAGGUGGUUCACAGAUGCUGACAGAGGCCCACAUUUUCGACAACCUGCUGCAGACGACGACGAGGGCUUCUAGCGAGGAACCGCGACCUAGGCAAUACGGCCGCCGUUCGGAGGGACCACCCACGCCGUUUCGCUCAAUGAUUCUAGCCCAGAGUCGGCCACAGAGUGCUCCCACGCGUGUGCAGACGCGAGAGCAACAGCUACAGGAGACACCCACGCAUCCCAUCAUGUCCACCUGCUCGGAACUAAGUUCGGCGCGCUCCUCGCGGAUGCCCAGCCCGGUUUCCCUGCCCUCGGACAGCACCAGCAGUGGCAGCAGCUCGGCCGAACAGGAUCAGGAGCAGGAUCCGGUGCAGACCACGACAAUGUGCAGUGCCAGCAGCACCACGCCCUUGGAACCGAUGCACCAACUGCAAUUGCUGCUGCGCGAAAAAUGUGGCUUCAACAGCCAGUGGCCGCAUGCCGGAAGUCGCACCCUGGCGCUGAUUGGCUGCACCUUGGGCGUCUUCAAUAUGUGCCGAUUUGCCGUGCUAACCAUCAACUUUGGUGGCAACUUUUUGCUGCAGUUUCUUCUGCUCUCGGUGCUCUUUGGCAUCCCGAUGCUUUGGCUGCAAAUGUGCCUGGGCGCCAAAAUACGCGCUGGUCCAGUGUCCAUGUGGAAGAUCAGCCCGAUUUGCGCUGGAGUGGGCAUUGCCCUAGUGAUGCAGCAAUGCUUUUUGGCCUUGUAUUCCACGGUGUCGUUGGCCUGGAUUCUGGUCUACCUAAGGGAUGUGUUUCCCACAGCAUCGAGCACCGGCUAUCGUUGGCAGGAAUUGGCCUUUCCCUAUCGCUAUGACGCAUCGAAUGCGACCGGGAAUCUUACGCAGACGGUGGCCGAGUACUUCAACGUGGUGGUGCUGCAGCGACUGCAUCUGGCCAAGCAUCCGGAUGCGAGUGGCAUCCGUUUUCACGUCAACGAUCGGCAGCUGGCCUUCUACCUGGCGCUCAUCUGGGCGGCCGUGUUCCUCAUCCUCUGCAAGGGCUUGAAAUCCUUGGGCAAACUGGCGUACAUCAUCUAUACGCUGCCGUUAAUUUCCCUCGCAGUGGUGACUGCGAAGUUUAUCUAUGUCGUGGAUUCCAGCAGGAUACAGAACAUCUUUGCUGCCAGCGAUUUCGACGACUUUCUAAUAAAUUCCAAUAGCUGGACGGCUGCUACUCAAGAGACCUUUCUCACUUGGGGUCUCCUUGGAGCCUCGGUAAUCGCCAUUACCAGCAGAAGCCAUGCCAAUGCCAACAAGGCGGCACUAAGGAGAGAUGCGAUUUUUCUGGUUCUUUUCACCCUGAUUGGCUUGGGUUUAAUGGCUUUGUUAGCUCUUUGUUGUGCCCAGAUUUUGUGGCAACAUGGCUACGUCUAUGUGCCAGGAUCCUUUGAAAACCCGGAUUGCUAUACGUCCAUUUACUCGCUACAAUCGCACACUGAUCCUUACCUGCUUUCCUAUCCGCGCUCGCUGAUUCCACACUACUCCUCGUUUAUUGGGGAGACUUACCGAAGGAAUCGAACCAUGAUCCAUAUGGAGAGUGGCUUCCAGGCACUGCGCUUCAUCUCGGAGAUUUUUCCAGCUGUGCUUUCACUGGCCAGCGAUAGCAUCUCUUGGGUUUGGGCCGCUGUGGCCUUUGGAACCUUUGCGGGAUUCGGACUAGCGCAGCUGUGCGUGAUGUGGAAACCCAUCUCGAGUGCCUUGGGUAACUCUACGAGUUCGGUAUUGCUGAGCUGUGUUACUGGACUUUUACUGAGUAUUCCCUUUGCCACCGAAAUGGGCAUUCGGAUAUUGUACUACGUCGAUUUCCUACUGGGCGGUUCGUGGUUUAUUCCAAUCAUCUGGACGGCUCAGAUCUUUGGCGUGUUUCUGAUUCGCGGACGUCCCUAUAAUGGGGAUGAUUUAGUGAAUGAUCUGCGACUUUGUGGUUCCAUGUCUGCCUUCCUUGCUUUGUCGUGGAACGUCUUGCUGCCCAUUGGCCUGAUCACCUUGUCGGUGGUUGACUAUAAAGCUUCUCUGUCCAAUCAAUUUUACUAUUGGCGGGGGAAGUCAUACUUUACAUACUGGUCCAGGAAGAUGGGCAGUCUCAUUCAGAUUGGAGUACUUUUGGUUAUUCCUGUUACUGCUAUUAUUCAGAUCUACCGAUAUUUGGCCCACGGUCCUCCGGAUAUCUUGGAGCGCAUACAGCUGCUGUAUCGACCGCCGGAGGAGGGAGAGGAGCACCGGCGUCCAUCUGCGCGUCAAAGUGCGGCCCAAGGGCGACGCAAUGCGUUGGGUCAAACUACGGAGGGCACACAGCACGAUGCCCAGAACGAUGCUCCGCCCAAGUACACGCCACCUCCGUCCUACACAACGGCCACUGGAGCCCGCCUUGCCAAACUUUUGCGCCAGAGCAUCCGUCGCAGCGUCCGCAGGGUUCUGGGAGACUCCAGUCGCACCCGACCCGUGCUCUCCCUCGAUGCGGAAUCCGCCUCGCCAGCGGCACCCCCUGACUAUCUGACCAUUCUAACAAACCCAGCUGGUAGCAGCUCCAAUGCCGAUCCUUCGCCGGCGUCCAGCAGCAGUCCCGAGUCCAUUGAGAUUGGCCAGCGACCCGCUGGCUACGCGCAACGCUCGCAAUCGCUAGGCAGGAAGCUCCACCGCUCGGGGGCUUCCACUCUGGAACGACGCCCCUAUACGGCGGAGGAUGUGGUUACCAUACUGCGCUCCUCGGUGCGACACCGCCAGUCGCCGGCAGCCGGAAGCGGGGGCACUGCCAGCACCCUGCCGCGCCCCCCAACCGCCCCCAUGUCCACACACUUGGAGGACGCCUCGUUCCGCUCCAUCGAGAAUCUCGUGCUGAACGCCGAGCCACCGGACAGGACGCCCGGCGUGGAGCUAGAGCUCGAACUGGAGGCUGGACAGACAGAGGAGUGCGCGCAAAAUAAUAAUACAUCUGUGAUUUAACUGACUAAUAUCGUACCGUACAUAGCGUAACUCUUAUGCGAUCCACAUAUCCGCUUGCUUUCUUAGACUUGAUUAGCGCUAGUUAUCUAAAUACGAAUAUUAAUUUGUAGUUAUGCGAAUAAUAACGAAAACAUCUAGUUGGUAA